UGGUUGGACCCGGAUGGAGGAAGCCAUUCCAAUGCAUUUCAGGCCUACUGUGACAUGACGUCAACCAAUGGAGGAUGGACCAUGUGUUACACUACCGAUGAAUAUGUCAGACCUGAGAGUGAGGUCACAUACAACGCCCAGUUUCCUUAUGGAAGUGACGGCUACAGAACCGAUUGCAACAACAUCCCAGUAAGUUUGUUAGUUGAUACUAAUGAUCAUGUCACAGACAUUCCUUUUUGCGAGAUUUUAAUAUAAAGCACAUUACUCCAUUAUCAUCCUUGGGCACAUGCAAUUGAAUAUAGCAGUUUCGUGAAAGGUUGUCGGAAAAAAAGUAUAAAAGUGCACGUGAUAACUCCGAAAGAUAUUGUGAGUAGGCGACCUCAAGAUUUCAGGAAAUCUGAGAAAACGUCAUUCUAAGAACGAGAUACAGUGGAUUUGAUUGAUUAACGGAUUUAUUUCGCUUAGUGAAGUAAAAGGAGUUCUGGAUACUCAGAUUAUCCUUUAACAUUGUCGCUUGCACUUUUGCUUCAUUCUCAAGCAAACUUUCUCGAAACAGCUGUAUGUAAAUAACUCAAUGUGACCACCUUGCUUCUAGGACUGCACAAAAAAGCCGUCUAUAACAAGUACCUGUUUGUUCGUUGAUGUUAAUGUUGUUCAAAUUUAUUGCUAAGUUCCUCUAUCUCUUUUAAAUUACGUUUUAGACAGACUGACUCCUCCAUUCUGUAUUGAUUCUCCUUAAUCUGCUUUCUACCAGAAUUAUUAAGUUUAUUAUUUCAUUAUGAUUAUUUCAGUUCACAGAAAUCAUCUUUGAGGAUCACAAAACUGGAAAGAAGAUUAACUUCAAGUCCCGAAACAAUCAAGCUAUUAAGGCCUCCCUCAAUCACGGAAAAUCUGCAUACACCUAUGGGUUGUGGGACGGUGUGGGGGCUGAUCCAGCUUAUUCCUACCAGCUUCUGAUUUUUGAUGAUCCGUUCUACAAGGGCUUCCUGAUUUCUGCCUACACAGGGGGUUGUUUUAUGACAUGCACCUAUUGGUGCUCCGAUGUUAGUGCGUCAUUCAUCCGCACUGCGUUCACUAAUUCAUAUGGACAGAAGGGUGGCGUAGCAUUUGGUGAAAAAGGUCAGGAAGUCCAUGACAAAAGGCGCAUAAGUAUCGGUCUACGAUAG